AUGGUCGUGAUUCUGGCUCGAAACAAAAGAAGUCGACAAGAUCGUCAUCACGGGUCCAACGAAUCAGGCUAUUGCUUCAGCUUUGGCUCCACUGGAAUGAAUAUUGUCUUUGGAGAACACUUCGCUUCAAAAAAGAUCUCCGAGGAGGUAAAAAACGAGGACAACCGCUUCAUUUCGUUCGAGGGGUUCAUCCACGACGAAAAUCAUCGGGAUAUGUUGAAGAAAUUGUGGGGCGCUCUCGAAGAGGCGGCAAGAGAGUUGGACCUUAUGGAAAAGACUGAGAAGGCAGCAGAAGCAAGAAGAAAGUUUGCCGCGAAAUUCGAGGCUCUGACUUUCAAAAUUAGGCGGGUAAAUGAUUUGAGCACUCCGAGCACAUUAUUUUUUGACUUAUUCCAUAUUGAACUCGUCAACCUCGAAAUGAAUUUGAUUGAUUCGAUUCUCUUGUUAUGCCAGCUGAUCGUCGUGUUUUCAACAACCGAACCCGAAUCGAGCACUUCGUUGCCGAUUCGGCCGUUUUCCGUCGACGUCACCGGACGCGCGAUUUGCACAUUUGAUCUCAAGGAUGGGACGACGCGCGGCGUCUGGCAGAUGCGGAUUGUGAUGUUCAACAAGGAUGGCACAUAUGCGAAUGACACGUUCACCGACGACGAAGGCAAUUUCAAUUUGCAUCUGAAUGGUGCCGAUGACGAUCCGGCGCCGUUCCUUCGAUUCUAUCAUACGUGCUGGACGCAUGAGGGAUGUUUGCGCGUUGCCGAAUACCCGAUUCCGAACGAGGCGAUCGACAACGGCGUUUAUAAUAUGGGAUUCGUUUCGAUGGAUGUUGUCACGAUGAAUGAUCGAACUGUUUGCCGGAACUCUACGGAUUUUAUUUCUUCUCAACAACAACUCAAUUAA